GACAGAUUGUCUUCCGACUGUUUUUCGAUCUAGUGUUAAUUAUUUAGUAAAACUGAAAACAUCACAUUUGCAAACUACACUAAAUAUCCAUCACACAUUUUUAUAAUUAAAAGGUGUCAGAUUUAUGACCUUCAUUAAUCAAAAUGGUGAAAGUAUGGAAAUUGGGUCUUAUAAGCUACGAUACGGCGUACAAAAUACAGUCUUCCAUAGCACGAAAGCACCUUGAAGCUAUGAUGAAAGGAGUGAAUGGAGACUACGACACUCUGUUAUUCGUAGAACAUAAGCCGGUCUAUACUGUAGGUAUACGAGAUGAAACCCCCAAAGAAGACAUAAUAAGACUCAAGAAUUUAGGAGCAGAGUUUCGCAAAACAAAUAGAGGUGGCCUAAUCACAUUUCACGGACCAGGACAAUUAGUUGCAUACCCAAUUAUUAAUUUGAAACACUUCAAAACAAGUGUUCGGUGGUAUGUUAACAGUUUAGAAGAGACUGUUAUAAACAUGUGUAAUGAACUAGGUAUAAAAGCUGCUCGAUCACCACAUACAGGCGUUUGGGUUGACGAUAACAAAAUUGCAGCCAUUGGCAUACACGCAUCCAGGUAUGUCACUACACAUGGAAUCUCUUUGAAUUGUGACAAUGAUCUAUCAUGGUUCGAGCAUAUUGACCCUUGUGGGAUUGAAGAUAAAGGUGUUACUUCUUUGACCAGAGAAACGGGUGUUAUGUGCACGACUGAUAAAAUGAUGCCAAUAUUUUUAAAGAACUUUGAAAAAGUUUUUGGCUGCAAUACUGAGCAGCUAGAAACUAACCUCCAAAAAGAAAUACUGGACAGUCUUUAUAGCAAAUUGUUGGUUGAUGCAAUGUAGGCAUCUCAGCAAGAAAAAUUAGUGUUUGUAUUAGAUAAAAUCUCUUAGUUGUUUCUUAUUUAUAAGUAUUUAAUACUGAUUGUUCUGUUAUAGUUUACAAAUGUGAUGAAAUAAAAAAUAGUAUGAUUUG